GGAAGAGAGGGGGGAAUCCGGCGCUUCAGGACGGCUGAGUCCCGUUGCGAUGCAUGGAGGCUGCUUGGAAAUGCUCCCCGGGUCUCCGGAGCGCAUGAGGCGGUUCCAGCCGACCGACGGGCCGCAGAACCGGGGGGAUCCGGCCGCUGAUCCGCAGCUCUGCCAGGCUGCCACACCAUAGGUUCGGCUACAGGAGCACGGCUCGGUUCGGUAUCCACGGAGCGGAGGCACAUCCGCCGACAGCGCCGUGAUCUGGGAGCCUAAAGGCUGCAUCACAUCCCUGCGUCGCAGUGGUGGUGGAUACUGUGUGAGCUGUCGGGUGGCAUCUAUGCAAUUUUAUUUCGACUUUUCAUUUUAUUAUGAGCACAGAGGAGGGAGAGGCGGUUCCAGCUGGUGGGGAGGCGAGGGGAGGCACUGCCAUCACCCACCGCCACACCUGGGAUGAAGGCGAACCGCACGGCUCCCAAGGACGUCGGCACCCCGACGAUGAGGACGAGGCAGAGCAGGGGGAGGAGGAGGAGGACGGAGAGGGCUGCCAGGAGGGCCGGAGCUGCAGGGAUGCAUGUGAGGGGAACGACGGGGGGAAUUUUUCCAGUGAGGAUGGGGCGGUGGGGGGCAGACCGUGCAAGGAGCAGGCGAUGCAUUCAAACUGCAGCAGCGAGACCUGCAUCCCCACUCCCAGCUGUCGGAUCUGCUUCCAAGGCGCAGAGCAGGGUGACCUGUUGAACCCGUGUCGGUGCGACGGCUCGGUGCGUUACACCCACCAGCACUGCCUGCUGAAGUGGAUCAGCGAGCGGGGCUGCUGGACCUGCGAGCUCUGCUGCUAUCGCUUCCAUGUCAUCGCCAUCAACAUGAAGACACCUUGGCAGUGGCAGUCCAUCACCAUCACCCUGGUGGAGAAGGUGCAGAUCAUCGCUGUGUUCCUGGGCUCCCUCUUCCUGGUGGCCAGCAUCUCCUGGCUGCUGUGGUCGGCUCUCAGCCCGCAGGCCGUCUGGCAGCGACGUGACGUCCUCUUCCAGAUCUGCUACGGCAUGUACGGCUUCAUGGACUUGGUCUGCGUAGGCUUGAUUGUCCACGAGGGGGCAGCAGUGUACAAUGUCUUCAUGCGCUGGCGGGCCGUCAACCUCCAUUGGGACGUUCAGAGCUACGACAAAGCAAAGGACAUGGAGGAGACGAGCACUGGCCAUUCCUCGUUGGCCCCCAGGACGCUUUGGUUGCCUCUGGCCACCUUUGGGCCCAACGGACCCUUACACGCCACCCAGCUGGGGCCGCAGCCAUGGACCUGCCUCUGUUUGGCCCCCUUCUGCCCCGGCCUGGUGCCCCGAAACAAUCUCAGCCAGGACAAUGACUCAGGAGAGGUCGUCAUUCGUGUAACAUCGGUGUAACGACAGGCAUUUAUGCAGGAACAAAGCAUCUGAUGGUUUGCACUCGGUGGGAACAAUCUGGGCUUCUCUGAGCAGUUUAUAAUAUUACACAAUCUGUUGGCGUUUCUUUUUUUUAGAUUCUCCUGUUGUUUUCUGAAUGAGUUAGAAUUCUUUGUGUGCUCUGGGGCCGGUCCUCAAAACAAUCUCAACAGAUAAAUGAACUCACAUGUGGUGUUGUUGCCUUUAUGUUUCAUUUUGAACCACACUCACCUCUACCCUUGCUUCCUCCAGACCAUUAUGCAACAUUCAUGUCACGUAGGACAGAAAGUAGUGAUGAGAAAGAAGAUCAGAUAUACGAUUUGUGACCAUUCAGAUCAUCACAUGAUGGUUCAGGAUUGCAGAGUUGCUUUUAUUAGACUUUUCUGCAUUGUUUAGCUCUGGGUCAGGUAUGUGGGAGUUCUCACACAAAAUGAGUCUCCUGGUUGUAAUUAUGAUUGUGAUAUUGAUGUGAACAAGUUGCCACAUGACAUGAACGCACCAUAAAGUCUGAUGUGAAACAAAA